AUGUCAAGCUCCAAGCCGACGACUUCAGAUAGCGAGUGGAAAUAUCGACCUGCGUCUCAUCAGAGUCGCCCGUGGACCAAUCAGUCGCGUCCAACUACUGCCCGUCCCCAAACUGCAGCUUCAACUCGACACGAAGGAAGCUAUGUAAUUGCCUUGCUCGAGGGCCGUGGUGUCUCGCGUGAAGUGGGAAUAGCAGCCCUCGACAAGGAUACGGGGAAAGUCAUGCUCGUUCAGGUGGCUGAUUGUCAGACUUACGUGAAGACCCUGCACCAGAUGCACCUUCAUACUCCGUGUCUGAUACUUGUACCCGAUACGUUUCUCUCCGCGCCAGAUGCUGCGCUGGCGCCGUCUGGAAAGAGAUCGGUUUCUACUUCGCUCUUGAUCGAGUACAUCGGCGAGGAGUUUCCUGGCGUACAGGUGGAGUCUGUAGGGAGAAGGUAUUGGAACGAUAGUUGUGGUCUCGAAUUUAUUCUUCAGCUUUGUGUCGAAGACGACGAACGUGCAGGGACGAUAUUGGCCGUAUCUAACAAGUAUUAUACCCUCUCUGCCGCUUGUGCCCUCUUCAAAUAUGCCGAAAGCGGAAUGAAUGUCCGCUUUGCAGCGGCCUCUCUUCGAAUUCGUUACGUGCCUGUGGAUGGCACUAUGAUGGUCGAUCCAGACACUGCACGAAAUUUGGAGCUCGUUGGGAACAUGACAUCUAAAAGGUCACAGCAUUCGCUCUUUGGAACUUUGAAUCAUACGCACACAGCAAUGGCUUCGCGGCUGUUGAGAGUCAACAUAUUAUCACCAAUCACUGUUCAGCAAUCGAUUGAUGCCCGACUUGAUGUCGUUCAAGAGUUCAUCAACACCGAAGAUAGAUUCACGAACGUCCGUGACGCCCUGAAAACACUCAACAAAAUGGAUUUCGACAAGCUCAUCCUCGCAUCCUCUGAGACUCGCGCCCGUCUUUCUCAGGUCCUAAAUCUGCGCAGCGUAGUCAAGAAUCUGCCUCUUUUGAGAAAUGCUCUGGCAGGUUCCCGAUCGCAACUUUUGGUGAUCGUUCAUGAUAUGCUAGCGGACGAAAGAUUGGACGAGAUAGAGGCAUUGGUAUCAGCAAACUUGAACGACGAUUGUGUUCCCGCCAAAGUCAUCCAGGGUGGUGUUGGUGCGGUGAACGCCCGUGUAUAUGCUGUCAAGGCUAAUUGUAAUCGACUGCUCGACGUCGCACGAGAGACGUACAAGGAAAAUGUUGGGGAUAUAUACCAACUCAGCCGAACGGUUUCGGAAGAACAUAGUUUACCACUGACUCUUGUUUAUAAAGAAUCAGGAUUCGUGUUUGCGCUGAAGAAGGCUGACCUCGACGGGGAAUUGCCCAAGGGGUUCUUGAAUGUGACGUUUACUAAAGGGAGGUGGAUGUUCACGAGCAUGGAAUUGAAAAAAAUGAACGCGAGGAUGAAGGAUGCUUUGGAUGAGACGAUGUUGCUUAGUGAUAAAAUAAUACAAGACCUCGUCGCGGGGAUCGUUGCACUUAUUGGAGCCCUGUACAAGGCCUCCGAAGCGGUCGCCCUCGUCGAUAUGCUUUGGUCUUUUGCACAUGCAUCGAUCAGUAAGUGUCAUUUCAGAGUCGAUCAAUUCACAGGGACACUGGCCAUCAAAUCAGGCCGCCACCCGAUCAUGGAAACGCUUUAUCAUGCGGGCACCCUUGUUUCGAAUGACGUUUAUUGCGAUGAUUCGUCUUCCUUUCAGAUUAUACAAGGACCGAAUAUGUCAGGGAAAAGCACCUAUUUGAGGCAGAUCGGCCUCUUGACCGUUAUGGCAAUGUGUGGAUGUUUUGUCCCAGCAGAAUAUGCUAGUUUUCGAAUUCAUGAUGCCAUUUUGACGCGUCUCUCGAAUGAUGACGACAUGGAGAAGAAUCUGAGCACAUUUGCAAGCGAGAUGACUACUUCUGCCAUGAUUCUUGGGCUUGCUACCCAAAAGUCCCUUGUUUUGGUCGACGAACUGGGUCGAGGAACCUCUCCAAGGGAAGGUGUCGGAAUCUCUCAUGCCAUCGCUGAGGGUUUACUUGAACUCAAGUCGUUUGUGUUCUUUGCGACACACUUUCACGAAAUUACGAUAACUUUAUCGCGUCGGCCUACAAUCGUCAACCUUCAUCUCUCGGUCCAGCGGGCAAGGCAAUCCUCGUCUAAUUUUGGAUUGACUUUUCAAUAUAAGAUUCGUGACGGCAUCUCUGACGAAAUUAGCCAUUACGGCCUCGAACUCGCCAGGCUUGCGGAUCUUCCUGCUGACGUCUUGACCGAGGGUAAGAGGGUUGCCGAACAUCUAGCUGCCCUUCAAACAAGACAUGAAACGGAGAGCGAAAGCUCCAAAAUUGCCCUACGGCGCAAAGCCUUGCUAAGGCUUCGAACUCAGCUUACUCAGGCUUUGGAACAUUCUGCUCUCCCGGAUCGAGAGUUGCUGGCGUAUCUCGGGCGAUUUCAAGCUGACAUUGCCAAGGCCUUCUUGCCUUCUUAUAAGGACUCGUUAGAUUAA